GAGAAAUAGGAGGGACUGGACGAAUCGGACUCAUUGGACUCUUUACACUCUACUCGUACCGACAGUGACAAAGUUUGGUUACUGCGCGGUUUACUGCGCGUAAAGAAGAGCAGCUCUGCCUCUUACUGCAGUAUUUACCUUCUAGCGCGUUUACUCUGCCAUCCAGCACGGAAACAUGGACUCGGACCUGGUGGACAUGUUGAUAGAGGAGGAUAAGUGUGUAUCUGAGUGUGAGCUGAACGCGUCUGUGAGCAGUGAGGCAGAUCCGCGCAAUGUGCCGCCUGAGCGCAUGUCGCCUCUCCUGCCGGUUAUAACCGCCGUUUACUUCGUAGUGUUCGUAGUGGGGCUGGUGGGGAACUGUCUCGUAAUGUAUGUCAUUAUCAGAUACACCAAAAUGAAGACAGCAACCAACAUCUACAUCUUCAACCUUGCUUUGGCUGAUGCUUUGAUUACCACCACAAUGCCUUUUCAGAGUGCAGACUACUUGUUGAACUCGUGGCCGUUUGGUGAAAUAGUGUGCAAAGUCUUUAUCUCCAUCGACUACUACAACAUGUUUACCAGCAUUUUCACACUAACCAUGAUGAGCGUGGACCGUUAUGUAGCUGUCUGCCAUCCUGUCAAGGCACUAGACUUCCGUACACCACUCAUGGCUAAGACCAUCAAUGUGGGCAUAUGGGUACUGUCCUCAGCAGCAGGAAUACCAGCCAUGGUGCUAGGAGGAACACAGACUAAUAAUGGCACCACAGAGUGUGCCCUGCAGUUUCCUGACCCUUACGAAUACUGGGACACACUAAUGAAGAUCUGUGUGUUCGUCUUUGCUUUUGUUGCUCCCGUCCUCAUCAUUAGCAUCUGCUACUCUCUCAUGCUGCUUCGACUGCGUAGUGUUCGCUUGCUUUCUGGUUCAAGAGAGAAAGACCGCAACCUUCGCCGCAUCACUCGUUUGGUCCUAGUGGUUGUGGCAGCUUUUAUCAUUUGCUGGACCCCUAUUCAUAUCUUCAUUCUUCUGAAAGCUGUAGUGGCUAUUCCUGAGACCACACCACUAAUGGCUGCCUAUUUUCUGUGUGUUGCUCUUGGUUACACCAACAGCAGCCUCAACCCUAUUCUCUACGCAUUUCUAGAUGAGAAUUUUAAGAGGUGCUUUAAGGACUUCUGUUUGCCAGCAAGACGAAAGGGAGAUAGAGGGGUUGGAGGGAGCAGACUAGGGAGGAUUGCAUCCAGGCAGUCUCCCCAGGCUGCAGAGAGUGCCCCAAGGACAGCAAAGCCAGCAUGACUAGCCGUGGAAUUGUCCUUCAUCACACAAUCUGGAAAGGAGGACUCUAACACAAUGGGACUGACGCAGGUCUCUUCUGCUCUCUGAUCAUACUGCAGCCUGCAGUUGGUGUGAAUGUUGGUGUGAUUGUGUCACUCGAAGAGAAAGAGCUCUGUGACAAGACUUGUUAUAUUACACCCUGAAUAUAGUGUGAUGAUGUGAGAGCCUACUAAUGUCUACUGAGUAUUCUACCACCAACUGCAAAUGGCUUUGCUUCUGUGUAAUGGAUAUAUCCAAGUAAAUAUGCUUUAGUUCUGCUGACCAUUACAAAGUGCAGCUAACAACAUUUGAUUUAUCUCUGAUUCAGAGACUCUCACCCAAGCAUUCAUUUUCUAAUGCAUUAGAUAUAACAGUUUAUUUAUUCAUUCUUUCAUUUAUUGAUGUAUUCAUUCAUUCAUUAAUCUUAAACAACUUAAAAUAACCAUUUAAUCUGGUCUGAGUAACAUGGAUCUGGUGCGUAUCCUAUACAUUUUGUAUUAGGAGCAAGGCAGAAAUGCAGCCUGGAUGUGAUGUCAGUCUAUUACAGGGCACCACGUAGACAGAUUCACAUACUUUUUUACACCUUGGAGUAAUUGAAUGUAGCAUGGCAUGUUUUUGGGAGAUGGGAGGAAACUGAAGAAUCUGGAGGAAACCCACUUAGACACGGAGAGAACACGAGUAAUCUAAUGCAGCUAAAAAAUAAAUUAUUAGGAAAUCUGUAACGAUUACCCAUAAUAUAUUGUUUGGUCACAAUUAUAAUUGAAUACAUUUAAAAUAAUUACAAACAACUGUACUUGUUCAUGUCAAUACUUAGUAAAUUAUUAACAUUUUCAUAGCAUAGACUUUUAAAAAAAAGAAUGUCUCCAGUUCUGGGUCAACAACUGACUUCAAAAGCUAAUUGGCACCUGGUGUUCCGAAUAAUGAGAUAAGACUGGAGACAUGAGUUGUAGAGGUUCUUGAUAAUACAUGUGUGUGUUGCAGAGGUGGAUGAUAAUCAGUUCACCAUAAGACAAGCUGGCUACAAGUAAAGGAAAUUCAGUACUGCUGCUACUCUCCUAAGGAGUAGCCAUCCAUCAUAUUACACAAAGGGCACAAUGUGCACUGCCGAAGUAGGUGAAAUCUCUAGAACUAACUGUACCGUGUGUAUUGUCUGUGUAAAAUUGUCUGUCUAUAAAAAAUACACAAAAUGAGAAUGGUGUUAUUACAAGGAAGAGAUGGAAAAGUAUGCUGUUCCUUUAAAAAAUACCUUGAUAUUCAUCUCUAGUUUGAAAAAGAUUUUGCAUCCAUCUGGAGGUUUAAUUCCAACUUACAAUUUGUCUUGCAGACAGAUGAGACAAAAGCAGCUUUUAGCUCUUAAUCAAAUUGUAUUAAGACAAAAUUAAGACAAAAACAGAGUAGCAGUAAAUCAUCUUAAGCUUAAUAAAAGCUUAACGAAGGAACAAUUUUCAUGUAAAAUUCAUGUUUUGUAGCUGUCAAUUCUGUGUCUAGACCUUAAUUCCAUCGGGAUGCUAUGUGGCAUGACCUGAAAUCUCAGAAAUAUUGCUAAAAUGAAACAUGUUUGUAUGGAGAACUGUAUUAUGAGUUCAGGCAGAUGUCUCUUAUAAUGACUUAAUAAGAUCUGACAGCAUCUUAUGAGUAAUGAAUGCAAAGAUUAGUACAACAGGUUUACAAAAAUGCUUAUUGAAACUAUAUACAUGCGCUGAUUUCUUUAUUUGGAAAACAUGUACACCGGCACAUUCAUGCACUUAUCUGAUCAAACAAUUACAGGGAAGCAGUCCAACACAGGUCAAGAGUUUGUGCCAGAGGGGCCUGUGUAUUUUCAGCAGUCUAUAGAGUUUGAAAAGCCUUGUUGAUGAUAGCGGUCAGAGGAGAAUGGUGAGACUGGUUUGAUUUGACAAGAAGACUUUGAUAAAUAGCCACUUACAGCUGUGGUGAGGAUUAAAGCAUCUACAUGCACAGCAUAGGAUGGGCUGCAAGGAAGACUGGGGCAGUUGAUCAGUCCAGGUGAUUGACUUGUUUCUGAGGGCUUUUAUGUAUUGUGUUACUGAGGCAUAAUUGGCAUGAAUUAUGAAGUAUUACAUGUUUUUAUACUUAGCCACAUCACAUAUGGGAUAAUAAUGUUUCAGGGAUAAUGUACUGUCCAGUAUGUUUCUUGGAUUUAAGCAGCCUGUGCUGCAUGUCUGUUACCCAUAGAUUUUAAUGCCAACUGAUUUAGCUGUGGUUUUAUUUAGCCAGACAAUUAUUCAUCUUAAACGUCUAGCUGGCAUUUUUGCAUGUUGGUUCUUAAUGCUAAUUUGUUUAGGUCAUUUUCUUUUGAUCGGACAUGAGCCAAUCAUGUAAUUAUAAAAAUAAUUUAUUACAAAAUAAGUGCUAAUGAUGUGUGUAAAUGAUUCAUGUUUUUGAUGUGUUUUUCAUGUCUUUUUCUAGCAGAUAUAGACUCGUGUACUUUAAAUGCACCAAAUCCAUGACAACUGCAGGAAAGUUUUAUCUUGAGCCUCAAGCACAACUGAAGUCGAGUGCACAUUUGGCAUAUUUUAGUCAGUGUAAUGUAUAUUUUUCAGAUCAUAAAAUUCUCUGUUCUCGCAAAACAUUUAAUUCAGUUCUUGCCAUUUGAUAUGAAAAUUCAAAAUGACUUUUGUUAUAUUCUUCACUCAUUCUUACAUCGUAAACUUAUACUUUUUGCUCAUACACAUAUACAGGGAUGAAAGACAAAUUAAAGAGAAGAAAACUGGGAAUGGUCACUGCAAAUCAAUACAAAGUGAUUUUGUCCCCCUCCACAUUAUACCCUGAAUUGUGUGAUUGAAAUGAAAAUAAUGUGCUCAUGUGCUAUGACCUUCUUAGUCACCAGAACUCAACUCAGUGUAACGCCUAUGGGAAGUUUUGUUCCAAAACAUUAGACAGCAUCUCUCGAAAUCGCAGUCAAAACACCAAUUAAGGGGAGUGUCAUUUGCAUAAACGAUACUCAUCCCUGUAAUACCAUUCCAGAGACUUUUCACCAUCUAUGCCAAGGUGUACUGAAACUGUUCUGAUAGCUUGUUUAAGCUCAACACCUUACUAAGCAAACGUUUUCCCCCUUUAAAUACUCACUAUUAAGACCAGUGCUAAACUGACAUACGAUUUAUUUUCUUCUGCAAGAACAAACAUCUCAGAAAACUUAAAGAUUCCUGUCUCACUUUUCUUUGCUGUAUUAAUUUCUUCAUCUAUGGCUAUAGUAUGCAUCUACUUGCUCACCACAGUAUUUAUCUACCAUUCUUUCUUACUGUAUUACAUACAGCAAAACCUUUCAGUCAGUUUUAUUUUUUUAAUUGGGCAGAGGGCUUAACCUUGACAUGCUGGAGAUCUCCUGGUCAAGCAACAAACAUUGUAUUGACUUGAAAAGGUCUGUGUAUUUGUAUAUAUUUUUUUUACAGAGUAAUGUGCAUAUAAGGCAUAGUUAUCUGUCACUAACCAGUGUGUCAGGAGUAUUUAAUGGUGUACUGUUUUUGUGUAUUUUUAGCAGUGAAUUCACCUGAACCUCUCCUUAUAGAGUGUAAGCAGAAAUGCUCUCAGCAAUUUAUCUCACAUAAAUACGCUAUAUAUCGUUCGCUUCCAUGUUGUGUGCAUGUCUGUGCGGCUGUAAAGUUGUCAUCGAGCUGUAAACAAGCCAUACGGUGACUAACACGUCUAUGAGAUUUGCUGUGUGUCGUAGAAAUCCUGUUACAUAUAUACUAAAGUUUUAGUUAAGCACAUUUAAUGAAUUUGUAAAUAGACUAAACAAAUAGAGCACAGAAACUCUAAAAAUGAAUACGGUGUACUGGGACUGUUUCUAUUUGCUUGCAUGGUGUCAUCUCUAGCCUUAA